AUUCUUUCAAAUGAAUUAAACAACUAAAAAACUCAUAUCGAAAAUUUAAACUACCUAACAACCACUAACCAACUAUAAUCUUCCGUCGAUCAAACAACACCAAAAGUCUAAUUUUUAUCUUACAAAAGGAAAGGCUUAUCCAAAACCCAGUCUCCCACUCACCUGUUUUGAGCAGAGAGAUGGCUCUCCUCUCCCCUCUCUUCUCCCUCACGACUACUCCUCCUCCCACCACCUCCAUUAAAAUUUCUUCUUCCUUUGCAAUCAAGCUGCAAAAUGUUUCUGUUGCAUUGCAUCCGACAUUUAGACACGGCUUACAGGCUCAUGCACCAGAAAUAACUCGACAGAGAUGUGCUAUCAUUGUUAAGGCUUCAGCUGCAGAUAAACCGGCUGGUGAAGCUGAAGAUCAAUCGGAGAAUGAUGAAGAUAACAUCCCAAUUCAGAAUCUUCCACUGGAGUCAAAGUUGCAGCUGAAACUUGAACAGAAGAUGAAAAUGAAAAUCGCAAAGAAGGUUAGACUCAGAAGGAAACGUCUUAUGCGCAAAAGAAUGAUGAGAAAGAAAGGUCGAUGGCCACCUUCGAAGAUGAAGAAGCUUAAGAAUGUGUAAGAGAAGCAAUGAACUCGCUGACUAUUUUGUUUUCGAAAGAUUGUGUAGUCUGGUAUUUUGUUGCUCAUUUUCAAGGGGAAAUUCAAUUUGAUUUUUAGCUCUAAUUACGUUCCUGAGAGUACUUGUGUUUUUGUACUAGAAGAGAAACUGCCCUAUAGAUGCUAAAGUUGAUGAGAAACAUAGAUAUGUAUAUGUUUGUCCAUUUCAGCAGUAUGUAUAUGCUUGAACAAUCUGUCAAGGACAAUAUAAAUCUGUUUUUGGAUCAAGCAUUAGUCCUACUUAUUUUAGCC